GAACUGCCCGAUACAUAUAGUGUGGAGAGCUCGUAUCUACCCAACAGUUGGCGCGAUCAGUACCGAGGGUGGACGUGUACGAACGUCCGUGUGACGCUGUGUCCCGUAGCUCCAUCGGAGACUGCUUGUUCGUGAAGGUUCCGUCCGGUAUCUCCGACCAAAUAGAUCAGGACAAUUCGAGCAUCGUGAUUUGUUAAGUUGUCAGAAAAAAAGUGUUAUUAAGACAGUGAAGUUUUCGUUCCAGCAUGGGAGAGUUUCACAUUACUCACAAAUACAUCCUGAACAACGAUGUACGAUACAUGUACAGCGGCUACCCCAUCGCCAUGAAGUACCGAGGGAGUGGAGAUUACCCUAACUUCGACAUGUUACGAAUCAGCAGGGAAAACUCGGACUUAAAGAAAGACAUUUUAAAAUCUAGCGAAUUUGUAACGGAAGGUAGACACCUUGUCCCAAAGGCACCGGCCCUGAGGAAUUACUCCCGACACGCUGUCAGCGGUGUAGUAACGAGGCUGAUGAAGCCGACCAUCGCUCGAGUCGGGGUGUCGGACGAGAACAUCAACCUGCUGCGAUGUAAGGAGGAUGUGGUGGAAGAGGACAAGUCCGACAAAUAUGUGAGCUAUCGUAGACUACCCAAACCCGAGGUUGAUAGUAUAGUCAACAGACUGUUUGGACGCAAUACUCAGAUGAGUGCUAUGAAAAGGCGGGAAAAGUUUGACCUCACGCGUGACGGGAAGAUGACGCUGUUCCGGGAAGCCAGCAUCCCCCUUCCGAUGGUCCAGGCGUGAUCUAACAGACAACUACAGAUGUCAAACUUUUCUGUACAGCCAGCCAAUCGUGUCACACUGGUCACCGCCAUAACAACCUAGAUACGGACCGAAGUAGUCUGCACUACAAGCAACUGGAUUCGGUGUUUCUGAACAUUUCUUCAUAUUUAAUCAAUGCAUGGAGCUACAUAGCCGAAUACACGGAACAGUGCAAAUAUUCUAAGCUAACUUUUACUCUCCUUCAAUACGUACAUGUAUGUAUCGGAAGUACAUUUCAUAUGGAAUCAAACUUUGGCCGUCCCGUGUGUCUGUCUGACCGUCCUGUGUCUGCCUGGUCGUCCCGUGUGUCUGUAUGGCCGUCCUGUGUCUGCCUGGUCGUCCCGUGUGUCUGUCUGGCCGUCCUGUGUCUGUCUGGCCGUACUGCGUGUCUUUUUUGCCGUCCUGUGUGUCUGUCUGACAGUCCAGUUGUGUCUGUCUGACCGUCCAGUUGUGUGGUCUUAUUGUACAUCGAUUAAAAUCUGCUAAACCUGUUGUAUGUCUGGACGGUGUACUUAGUAUCUGUUCGGUCUUGUAUGCAAACACUCAUACAUGUACAUCUCUGUCCAUAAAGCAUUGUUUUAUAUCAAAAUUUAAACUACUCCAUUUUAACUACUUUGUUUAAGUUCUUAAAUAAAACAAUAAAGCACGCUC